AGGGCAAAGGGGGCAGAAACCGCGGCGCGCACGAUGGAGACAAGCUGAAUGUCUAAGCUUUCAGCAGUAUUAGCUUAAUGGGAAUUACAUCCUCGGAAAAUAACUUUAAAAAAAAAUGUUUUUUGCUUUUCAUUAAAGGGAUGACCAACCAACAACUGCUGGACUGAAGGAUUAAAUCGCCUAAAAGGCCACUAUUCCGUCGUGGCCUGUUACCAAUUAAACCUCCAGCAUUGCAACAUGGCACAUUUCUAUACCAUAUUUUUACUCUGUAUAACAUCUGUACUCGGUGGAGCAGGGAGCGUACCUGAGCCCUGCCAUAGCUCGCGCUGCUUUCCUGCACAAGACUUGAGGAGACCGUGCGUCGGUGCGCACUGCCAGAGGCGCACGGAGCCAGUAGCGUCCAGACGGCAGUUUACCCACUCUGCACAAUCUAGACAAGGACAAGUUUACCCGAGUUACCAACAGGAUGCUCGUUUCAGUCAUCACCAAGCCCAGAGCGCACCGUUAGCACCCUACGCCAUCAUCCAACCUCAGCAAGGAGGCUUCACGCAACAAGCGGAAACAGAUGGCGUCAGAAGAACGAACUCGAGGACCAUCACAGCGGAGGUUUUCCAUCCUGGCUGCGCGGGGGGGACCUGUCCGACCACUGUGUCCCAUCGCCAGACCAGUGAUGAUGGCGCAACGCGGGAGUGCAAAGGGAUUGGAUGUAAACUUCCCUCCAUGAUGCGCCAGAAGUCCAAGACGAGUGUCGGAGACGGUUUCGGAGCGCAUGGCGGAGACUAUGGGAGAGAAAACUCUUCUCCGGUUCAUGUGACGGACAGGGCCGCGCAAUUUCUGGAUGAGCUGCCAGAUUUUGGGUCCGAACGCGGUGCGUGGAUCCAGCUGACAUGUGAUAUGAAACCAGGGAACAAUGAGGUCCCCUCAGAAGACGCUCUGGUACUGCAGCUGCAGCUGUCAAAGAGCCAGGAAAAGCUGGUUGAGGCCCUCAGGGGCCAACAGGACGAAGUCAAAGAGCUGCAGAGGCUUCUCAGUGAGCAGCAGGGGGCGCUGGUCAGCCAGCAGAGGGAGAUACUAGAGCAACAGAGGAGGAUGUAUGAACAGAUGGAGCAAGUAAAAGCCCAGUACAGCAUACUGAUGGAUGGCAUCAAACAAACGUCUUUCCAGAACCUGCAAGGGGAACUGGACACUCACAUGGAGAGCAUGAGUAGGCAGGUCAGACCCCACCAAGCAAAGCAGGCUCUGUCUCUGCACAAGGUGGACAUGGAUGCCAGUGUGAUGGAGGUGGAUCACUCCAUGUUGGCCUGUGGGACAUGUAGUCCUGACGAGUACUGUGGCUUCAGCAGCGGUCAGCCUCACUGUGAGAAAUGUACUAUCUGCCCUGCUGGCUUCUUCCUGGUUGCCCAGUGUUCAGUCCACGCGGACAGAAUCUGCCAGGACAGAGAUGAAUGCCUUGAACUAUCUGAUCUGUGUGGAGAUCAUCAGAGGUGUCAAAAUACUCCAGGUGGAUUCAGGUGUCAGGGCUUGACAGAACGAGAUGCCAACUCAGGAAUGUGCGGACACGGCUACUUCUACAACUCUGAGAUGGAAGAGUGUCAGGCAUGUAACGAGUGUGAUGGAGAGCCCAUCGCCUCACCUUGUACCUUCACUACAGACACUCUUUGCUCUGGCCCUGCUGCAGGUGAUAGCGCCCUCUCUCUGUCUUGGGCUGGAGAUGUGAGUCUGCAUGGUGCAAAGGGUAACGUCCUAGCUCAUGCCUUCCCCAGUGUGCAGCUUCACGUCCAGGGAAGAGGUGCUGCAGGUCUUGUGUCGGCUGAGGACGGGCGGCUGGUACUACGGCAGCACGGUUUGGUCUGGCUGGAUGAGAAUCUUUCAGUGAGCCAUGGAUGUCGUAGCUUCAUCCAGGUGUGUCUGCGUUUGAACAACACGGAUGGUCCUGAAGGUCGCGACCUUAGUGGCGUUAGGAUCGAGCAGCGAGAGGGACGGUCACUCCAGAGCGCCAGCAUCAGUGGAGUCGCAGAAGUCGCCCCUGGUUACGUGAUCUCUGUCCUUCUCCGGAGCGCAAGCCAACACUGUAACCAAAGCAGUGAAGGUCUAAAGCUGUACGACCAAUCAGCUGCUUCAUUCAGUCUCUUUUGGCUAUCUCACGACACAGGGGCUGUUGCUAUGACAGCACAGGCCACAGUGUCUGCACAUUACCACACAAACUAUCGCCCAACCUUUCGCACCACCUCCACCUCUGAUCCUUACGUUGUUGGGCUGACUCAUGAUGGUCGUGGGAUCCGUUUUGCAGAAAGUGGUACAGUGCGUUUUGUCUUUCAGCAAGCGUUGUACUCAAUGGGUCAGGCAUGUGUUAAUGAGGGCUUCCAACUGUUGGCAUACCUCAACCGUAAUGGAACCGGCAUGGAGCUAUGUCGCUCCUUCAAAUCAGGCGUCCACUAUCGAGACAUGUCUGUAUCCCUGUCUGGAGCGGCUAAAGUUGAACCUGGAGAUGCCUUGGGCUUUGAGAUCCUUUCUCCUGCUCAGUGCAAUGUACGUUUCUUUGGCGAUGAAACGGGCAUCAGUGUCCUCAGCUUGGUUUGGGUCCCCGCUGCUAUCUCUUCCUUCAUGUCUGCCUCUGUGGCUCACAUUGGCCUUCCUUCAGGAGCAGUCCGAAACAAGCCGCUGUUCUUCCGCCAGACCAGCCUUCAGGUUUCCCAGAUGGGGCUACUCGCCAGAGGAUCCACCGAUCAGAGACGAGAUUUUGCCUUCAAGGAGAGUGGAACAGCCAGUGUGGCUUUGGAUCUCAAACUCAUUCACUCCUGCAAUCUUGUUAAGGUGACUCUUCUACAACGAAGUGAUACAGAUGGGUCAGGAGGAGGCCGGGAUGCCGAUGUGGUACGACCAAUCCCUCUGGCCCAGCAGGUUAGUGGUCAGAUGUCCGAAGGCAGCCAUUGGGCCAGUUUAAGCCUGCGUGCUUCCUUCCAGGUUCACAAUGGCACAGCGGUGUUCUUCACCCUGGACUGCGUGCGCGGACGGGUCAACCAGAUCAGCCACCAGACAGGAAGUGGAGUGUCAAUCCUCUGGGUUGCAGCAUAACAAAACAGAGACAAAACUUUACCCUUUUAUCUUUUUUAUUUUUGACUUCCAUUUAGAUCAAAAGUUAAGCCUUUUAUGUGAUGGACUCGAUGCAUUGGUUUCAUUUCAAAGGAAAAGUUGGACGAUUUGGGAAAGAUGCUAGUUUGCUUUUCUUGCAAAGAGUUACACUAAAUUCUACCAGAAAGCAACGCAAUCGAGACUAACCUUCUCCAUGUGUAGGCCAACAAGUUGAGCUCCUGGCUUGAAUCCCAAACCACACACCAUUAACUCUGGAUUUUUGCAAGCUUCAUUGGCAGAGGGAGAAAUCACAGGAAACAACAAAAAAUCCUAUUCACAGCUUUGACUGUGAAAUCGCUCAAGUAUAUCUGGACAACAGUUAGCACUUCAUUCUUAAUGGUUCACAAUACUUGAUGUGUAUUUGGAAGAGCAUUCGACAAGAAGAUUGAUAGCAGAUGCAAAUCUCUGUAAUAUAUUAAGUGAGCCAGUAGUCUAUUAGUUUAGCUUAGCAUAAAGACUGACAGCUAGCAUGGUUCUGUCCAAUGGUAACAAAAUGUAUUUAUUAGUGACUUUAGAGCAAACUACAUAUCUAUUUAAACCGUACAAAAAGUGAAGCCUUUUGUGCUAAGCUAGGCUAAUGGAUAUGUACCAUAUUAGAGUGGUACUGAUCUGCGUGUGUAGUUUAUCAUCAGUCAAUAAGCAAUUUUCCAAAUAUAUAUUUUAUAUAUUUCUUUAUUCUUUGAGCUGCUUGAUUUUAGUUUGUGUAGCUUUGAGAUAAGAUUACUUUUUUUUAAUUCAUUUUAUUGAAAAAACAAAAAAAAGCCUUUAUUUUAAAAAAAUGUAGCAUUAUACAUCCCUCUCUGUAUUAUACCAAUACAGGCAUUAUAAUUGUUUUGUGAUUUCUAAAGUAAAGAUUAUGACGGUUCUAAAAAACUAUGCUCACAGUCUAAUACUGCAAGUCAGAUUCAAUUUUAAAUAUAGUCUAGUUUUCUGCCUUUUUAAGUAUAGAAAUUUAACUUGCUUUGUUUUUAAUUUAUGUAAUUCAGUAAGCUUGUUGACACUGAAGGACCUUCUCAAUAAUACUUCCUGCUGUCACUAAAACUCUUAUUGCUUUCGUUCAGGAGUGUGUUUUGUAAGAGCAUGUGUUUCAUGUUACCCGCCAUUUUCUAAUGUGAAUAUUUACUGCAUGCUGUGUUAAAGGAUCACUUCCUGCAUAUUAUGGCCUAAAUGUCAUGUGAUUAAUUUAGGUCCUGUUGUAAUUAUACUGUCCUGAAGAGAAUAUAGAUCGACACCUUAGCACAGUUACUUAUGACUGAUACUGUAAUAAGAUGUAUAUUUGAUGU